AUGAGCAGAAGCGGAAGCAGCAGCUGCAGCACUUGCAGCAGCAGCAGCGGCAGCAGCAGCGGCAGCACCAGCUGCAGGAGCUGCAGUAGCAGCAGAACAGAAGCAACAACGGAGGCUUCAGCUGCUGCAGCAGAGUGUGCAGCUGUUGCUGCCGAUGCUGCUGCUGCAGCAAAGACCGAGCCUCGUGGAGGUGGUGCUGGUUUGCUUUCUCUGAAUGACAAGCUGCUGCUGCUGCUGCUGCAGUGGCUGCCGCUGCGGGAGCAGCAGCAGCUGCUGCUGCUCUCUCGCGGGGUGUACAGACAGCUCUGCACCAUCCCUUUUAUUACUUCAUUUUGCUGCCCCCCAGGCAGCAGCCUGCAGCAGCUAGUGCAGCAGCACAUUCACCAUCCGCUGCUGCUGCAGCAGCAUUUGCUGCUGCAGCAGAAACAGCAGCAUCUGCAGCAACUCAAGUCCCACCUGCAGCAGCAGCAACAGCUGCUCCAGCUACAACACAACCAAAAGCACCAGCAGCAGCAUCAGCAGCAGCAGCAGCAACAGCAGCAGGAGCAGCAGCAACGGCACAGCCCAGUGCAGAAGAGAGUUCUUGAUAGAGAGCAGCAGCAGGAAGAUAGCCCGUGCAGCAAGAGAAAAAGAGACGCAGCGGCUACUGCGGCUGCACCUGCUGCUGCUACUGUUGCACCUGCUGCUGCUGCUGCAGUAAGUGGGGACGGCAGGAACGGCAGCAGCAAAAAAUGUGCAAGCCUUUUUGCUACAGCAGAAGCAGCAGCAGCAGCAGGCGGCGCUGCAAUGUCUGGUGUUGCUGCUGCAGCCCCUGAAGCGCCUUCUGGGGACCAGCAGCAGCAGCAGAAGCAGCAGCAGCAAACACUUCCGCAGCAGCAAGCGCAGCAGCAGCUGGAACAGCAGCAGCAGCAGCAGCAGGAGCAGCAGCAGCAGGAUGGAAUUGAGGUGUAUCUGCAGCGUUGUCCUCUGCUGCAUCGCUUUAUUAAAUGCCGCUCUGUUGAGUUGGCUGUGGGUACCCAUCUGCAGCCUUCACCGCUGCUGCUGCUGCUGCUGCUCUGCUGCAGCAACACGCUGCAGCGGCUGGUUGUGCGGGGCUACGAUGAAGGCAGCUUCAGGUUCCGCAGGCGCAUGCAGCUGCAGCAGCAACAGCUGCAGCAGCAGCAGAACAGGGAGAAGCAGCAGCAGCAGCAGCAGAAAGAGCAGCUACUGCAGCAGCAGCAGCAGGACAAGACAGGCGCUGCCGUCCCCGCAGCAACGCCUACCACUGACGUGGUGCGCAGCAGCGACAGUAACAGCAGCAACAGCAGCAACAGCAACGGCAGCCCCAGCAGCACAAACAGCAACGGCAGCUCCGGCAGCAGCACCAACUGCAGCGGCGGCUGCAGCAUUAGCAGCAACAGCAACGGCAACACCAACAACAACAACAACAACAGCAGCAGCAGCAGCAGCAGCAACGCAUCUGGAAGUGCGGUAUGUUCUGCUGCUGCAGCAUUACCUGAGUGUUGGCGAUCUACGAAGCUGUGGGUGCCAGCAGCAGCAAUGGAGGCUUUGCUGCUGCGCUGCAGCAGCAAACUUGAGCAGCUGCUGCUGGACUUGUCUCUUCGUCGAGGGUUUGGGCUGUCUCCUUUUGCUGAGCUGCACCUUCACUUUAAUUUGCAUGCGCUUAAAGAAGUUGAAUUAGUUAAUAUAACCAGACAUAACUUCAGCUGCGGGGUUUGUUCGUUGCCUUCGCUGCAAGUGCUGCGGCUCCACUGGGCGGACGUCUGCCCCAAACAGCACAAACUAGGGCUGCUGCUGCGGGGCUGCCCUUCUUUGCGGUGGCUGUGCGUGCAUGCAGACUGCGACGAUGAUGAGGCGGUGGUGCAGGUUACUUCUUUGUUUGCUGCUGCGCUGCAGCAGCUGCUGCAGCAGAAGCAGCAGCAGCAGCAGCAGCAGCAGCAAGAACAGCAGACGAGAGGAGCAGCGCCGCCGCGCUGCUUGAUGACGGACGCAGCAGCAGAAGCAGCAGCAAAAGCUGUUGCUGCUGCAGCAGAAGAAGAAGGCCUCAUGCCUCUCCCGCUGCUGCAGCAGCUGCAGCUUCCGCUGCUGCCAGCAGCAGCAGUGCCGCUGCUACGUGCUGCAGCACCAAACCUGCGGGUGCUGCGCCUGGUGCAUGCAGACAGUCACAGGACGAGAAGGGGUCUGCUGCCGCUGCAGCUUGCAGCGCAGCAGCUGCAGCAGCUGCAGCAAAUUGUAUUUCCGUCACCUGUAGAAUUUGCUCCUGUGGGGAUGCUGCCCAGAAGUCCUGCUGCAGCAGCAGCAGGAGCUGCUGCUGCUGCUUCAGAUGACAAUGCAGAGGGCGAUGAGCCUCCGCUGCGUGGCGCAGCAGCAGACGCAGCAGCUGCAGCUGUAGCAGCUGCAGCAGCAGCAGCAGCAGCAACGGAUACCGAUGCAUCUGCUGGUGUCCUGCUGCUUCAGGGCCCCAUCUCCGACUUCUUCAUUCGAUGCAGAUAA